AUGGAUCAAAUGAAAGGCUUCCGCGUAGCAAAUGUGCUAUACAAGAAGAGUUUGUUGAAUGCCAUCGCCUCAGCUGCUGCGCUGUCCAUUUUCUUCUUUGGUUACGACCAGGGAAUGAUGGGAGGUGUAAAUACAUCAGCAGACUACGCACAACUCAUGGGCUUCGGUCACGUCGACGAUGCAACUGGUAGAGUCGUUGUGACCGAUUCUUUACUCCAAGGUGGAAUUGUCGCAGUCUAUUAUCUCGGAACAUUAUUUGGAGCCUUCUUGGGUGGAUGGGUCGGCGACAAGACUGGUCGUAUCCGCACAAUUGCACUUGGUUCUCUCUGGGCAAUCUUUGGAGCAGCUCUUCAGUGCUCUGCUCAAAAUCACGUUUGGAUGAUUUGUGCGCGAACAGUCAACGGAAUCGGAACUGGUAUCCUCAACUCAAUUGUGCCUGUUUGGGCGACUGAAACAGCUGAGCACACAUCUCGUGGUCAGUUCAUCGCUAUCGAGUUCACGCUCAACAUCUUCGGUGUUGCUGUGGCGUAUUGGCUAGAAUUUGGGCUUUCGUUCAUUGAUGGCGGUCGUGGAGCAUUCCAAUGGCGCUUCCCUAUUGCUUUCCAGAUUAUCCCUCUGCUCAUGCUCUUCGGCGUCAUCUGGUUCUUCCCCGAGUCUCCUCGAUGGCUGUGCAAGGUCGGUCGUGACAAGGAAGCGAGGCACAUUCUCGCCCGUCUUCGCGGCGAUGAAGGUGAAGACAGGAUCAGAGCCGAAGCUGAAUUCCAGGACAUUAUCAACAUCGUACAAUUGGAAAGAAGCACAUCCAAGCAGAACACCUACUGGAGAAUGCUACUCGACUUUGGUCACGGAAGCUCUGGAAGUCUGCACACUGGCCGUAGAGUCCAAAUCGUCAUCUGGCUACAGAUUCUCCAAGAAUGGUGCGGAAUUGCCGGAAUUACUGUCUAUGCUCCAACUAUCUUCGGUAUCGCUGGAUACGAUGCGCAAAAGAGUGGCUGGCUGUCCGGUCUCAACGACACGACUUAUAUGUUCGCCACACUGGUUUGUGUCUUUACUCUGGACAGAAUCGGCAGAAGAUGGACUCUGUACUGGGGUGCCGUGGCUCAAGCCAUUUCCAUGUUUCUGAUUGGUGGUAUGUCUCGCGGUGGUAUCAAUGCUACCAACAGCGGGAACACAGCUCUAGCAGCACGAUAUGGAGCUGCUGCGGCUAGUUUCACCUUCAUUUACACAGCCGUCUUCGGAGCCACAUGGUUGACCGUCCCAUGGUUAAUUCCGGCUGAGAUCUUUCCAUUGGAGGUUAGAGCGAAAGGAAAUGCAUGGGGAGUAGUCGGUUGGUCCAUCGGCAAUGGCUGGCUCACUCUUCUCUGCCCGGUCAUGUUCGACAGCAUCGGCGAAAACACCUUCUACAUCUUUGCGGCAUCGAACGUCAUCUCGAUACCUUUGGUAUGGGCACUUUUGCCAGAGACUAACCAACGUACACUUGAGGAAGUGAAUAUACUCUUCUCGGCACCUUCGCCUUGGGUGUGGGAUGCAGAGAAGCACUUUGCUGACUUCCAAGCUGGUAACCCGACUUAUGUGUCUGGCAGUCGUGGCAAUUCCAUUACAGAUCCGGAGACUGGAAUGCGUGGUGGUAAGGUCAGAGACUCGACCGACAUGGUGGAAACGAUGAAGGAGAAGGACAACAUCUGA